AUGUUGAAGCGCCAGUUAACGAACCUGCUGCUCGUGCUGUCCCUGCUGCACGUCAUAACGCUAAUACGGAUGACCAAAGGAGAGGUCAAGUACGUCCAGCCACAGGAGCUGAACAAGGACGUGUCCGGAUUUUUCGGGUUCAAAUGUAACUUCUCAAGUAAAGGGGUUCACAACAUAGAACCCAUUUUGACGGAAAAAAGGUCCCUCGUCUGUAGCAUCUAUUCCUACUUCAUCUAUGACAAAAUAAAGUUGACCAUCCCGAAGAAGACCGUCGGAUCUAAAUUUAAAAUGCUACCAGAAAAUUGCUUCAAAACGGUGUACACAAAUUAUGAAAAAAGGACAGAGGAAAAAAUUGAAAACAUGGGCUUGGUUGAAUAUGAAGUGAAAGAAGAUGAUACGAACCCAGAAUACACAGAAAAAAUCAUCACAAUAUCUCCCUUCAACACAAAGGAUGUUGAAUUUUUCUGCAUUUGCGACAACUCUGAAAAUGUGAUAUCGAAUGUAAAAGGAAGAGUUGCUUUGGUUCAAGUGAACGUAUUAAAGUAUCCUCACAAAAUUACCUCCAUCAAUUUGACAACCGAAGCAUAUCCUUACUUGCCUAACCAGAUGAGUAAAAGCUCUUUCACAGAAAAUAAAUUGGAUCUAGAACUUCAAGAAGGAGAACUGGUUGUCCUGGCUUGCGAAAAAGUUGACGAGAAGUGUUUCAAAAAGUCAAAAGACGACUCUCCCAAUUCUCUAUAUAAAAGCAACAAAGUUGUGUACCACAAAAAUCUUGCCAUCUUUAAAGCACCCGUGUAUGUAAAAUCUGCCGACGUCAACGCAGAGUGCUCCUGCCAAUUCGAAGGCACCACCUAUACUGUGUCCUUAAAACCUAUAUAUACCAACAAACUCAUUCAUGGUUGUAAUUUCUCCUCCGAUAUUUCUACGCACACCUUCACAAACAAUAUCGACAUGGCUCAGCUUGGGGACAGUUCACAAAUUACCUGCAGCAUAGAACUUACGGAUACUUCAUAUAAUCACUUGAUAGGAAUGAGUUGUCCUGGACAAAUUUCACCAGAGUGCUUUUUUCAAGUGUACCAACGAGAGUCCCCUGAAUUGGAGCCCUCCAAAAUGGUCUACCUGGAUGCUCAAUUAAACAUCGGGAAUGUAGAAUAUUAUCAGGAAGAGAACGGAGAAAAUACGGUUAAAAUUUUUGGCCUCGUCGGAAGUAUCCCCAAAACCACUUCCUUCACUUGCAUUUGCAAAAACGGGAAUAAAAUUGGCUACAUGUCCGUUAAAGUGGCCGCCGGUUACUUUGGCUUCCUCGCAAAAAUUUUUAUCUUCCUGAUUGUGCUGUUGCUGUUGUACUUCUGA